GCGGCGAACAAGCUUCAGAUGCUUCUGGGUCGCGGUGGGGACGCUCGGGCGUCCGUUUGUGUGAGCUUGAGAGCCGAGCGCUAGAGCGACCCGGCGAGGGAUGGCGGCCACCGGGACCGCGGCCACCGCGGCCACUGGCAAACUCCUGGUCGUGCUGCUGCUCGGGCUCACAGCUCCCGCCGCGGCGCUGGCCGGCUACAUUGAGGCCCUUGCAGCCAGCGCUGGAACAGGAUUUGCUGUCGCCGAGCCUCAGAUCGCAAUGUUCUGUGGGAAGUUAAACAUGCAUGUGAACAUCCAGACUGGGAGGUGGGAGCCUGACCCAGCAGGCACCCAGAGCUGCUUCGGCACAAAAGAAGAAGUUCUCCAGUACUGUCAGGAGAUGUAUCCAGAGCUACAGAUCACAAACGUGAUGGAGGCAAACCAGCCGGUCAGUGUGGACAACUGGUGCCGGAGGGGCGAGAAGCAGUGCAAGAGCCACGUCGUGAUCCCCUUCAAGUGUCUCGUGGGUGAAUUUGUCAGUGAUGUUCUGCUAGUUCCAGAGAAGUGCCUGUUUUUCCACAAGGAGCGGAUGGAGGUGUGCGAGAAUCACCAGCGCUGGCACACCGUGGUCAAAGAGGCCUGCCUCACUCAGGGGAUGACCCUGUACAGCUACGGCAUGCUGCUGCCCUGCGGGGUGGACCAGUUCCACGGCACCGAGUACGUGUGCUGCCCGCAGACAAAGGUGGUCCAAACUGCGGUGUCCAAAGAGGACGAGGAGGAUGACGAUGAUGACGAUGACGAGGAUGAAGAGGAAGACUAUGAUGUUUAUAAAAGUGAGUUUCCUACCGAAGCAGAUCUGGAAGACUUCACAGAGGCAACUGCAGACGAGGAUGACGACGAGGAGGAGGAGGGGGAGGAGGUGGUGGAAGACCGUGACUACUACUACGACACCUUCAAGGGAGAUGACUACAAUGAGGAGAGCCCCACCGAGCCCAGCAGCUACAGGGCCGCCGCGGAGGAGGAGAUCACUCAUGAUGUCAGAGCUGUCUGCUCCCAGGAGGCGCUGACGGGGCCGUGCCGGGCCGUGGUGCCCCGCUGGUACUUCGACCUCUCCAAGGGGAAGUGCGUGCGCUUUAUAUAUGGCGGCUGCGGCGGUAACAGGAACAAUUUUGAGUCUGAGGAUUACUGUAUGGCUGUGUGUAAAGCGAUGAUUCCCCCAACUCCUCUGCCAACCAAUGACGUCGACGUGUAUUUCGAGACGUCCGCAGACGACAAUGAGCACGCGCGCUUCCAGAAGGCCAAGGAGCAGCUGGAAAUCCGCCACCGCAACCGGAUGGACAGGGUGAAGAAGGAAUGGGAAGAGGCUGAACUUCAAGCAAAGAACCUCCCCAAAGCAGAGAGGCAGACUCUCAUUCAGCACUUCCAGGCCAUGGUGAAAGCGCUGGAGAAAGAGGCAGCCAGUGAGAAGCAGCAGCUGGUGGAGACGCACCUGGCGCGUGUGGAGGCCAUGCUCAACGACCGCCGCCGGGUGGCGCUGGAGAACUACCUGGCAGCCCUGCAGUCCGACCCUCCGCGGCCCCAUCGCAUCCUGCAGGCCUUGCGGCGCUACGUCCGCGCUGAGAACAAAGACCGCCUCCACACCCUCCGUCACUACCAGCACGUGCUGGCUGUCGACCCCGAGAAGGCGGCCCAGAUGAGGUCCCAGGUGAUGACGCAUCUCCACGUGAUUGAAGAACGGCGGAACCAGAGCCUCUCCCUGCUCUACAAAGUCCCAUAUGUGGCCCAAGAGAUCCAAGAGGAAAUCGAUGAACUGCUUCAAGAACAGCGAGCCGACAUGGACCAGUUCAGCUCCUCCUUCUCAGAAACCCCCGUGGACGUGCGGGUGAGCUCGGAAGAGAGCGACGAGAUCCCGCCGUUCCACUCUCUCCAUCCCUUCCCAUCCGUGCCUGAGAACGAAGACUCUCAGCCGGAGUUGUACCACCCAAUGAAGAAAGGAUCUGCAUUGGGAGAGCAGGACGGAGGACUGAUCGGGGCCGAGGAGAAAGUGAUCAACAGCAAGAAGAAAGUGGAUGAAAACAUGGUCGUUGAUGAGACCCUGGACGUGAAGGAAAUGAUUUUCAACUCAGAGAGAGUUGGAGGCCUCGAGGAAGAACCGGAGUCUGUAGGGCCACUGCGGGAAGACUUCAGCCUGAGCAGCAGCGCCCUCAUCGGCCUGCUGGUCGUCGCGGUGGCCAUCGCCACCAUCAUCGUCAUCAGCCUAGUGAUGCUAAGGAGGAGGCAGUACGGCAGCAUCAGCCAUGGCAUCGUGGAGGUUGACCCGAUGCUCACCCCAGAAGAGCGUCACCUGAGCAAGAUGCAGAACCAUGGCUACGAAAACCCAACCUACAAAUACCUGGAGCAGAUGCAGAUUUAAGCGGGGGAAGCGCAGCGCCAGUGGAGGGAGGUUGGGCGGGCAGCAGACGUCCAGAGGUCUGGAUGGGCGAUGGACCGACAGUGACUUCCAGAGGAGUUCCUCGACACUCAGAUCUCCUGGAGCAUUAAGACUAUAAAGUACUACUGUAGAGUCGCAAUUUCCAUUCUUUUAAAUGGGCAAAAAAAUGUUAAUAUAACAAUAUAUGAUAUAUAAACCUUAAAUGAACAAAUGAUCUAUUGCAGAUAUUUGACGGAUGUAGUUUUCUUUUUUUAAAUUAAUCAGGAAUCUCACUUCUAUUGUAUCGUCUCACACAUGUUCUCUAUUGAAAUGGAAAAUUUUGAUUGUCAACGAUAGACUGAACAUGCUACAUGCGGGCUGUUUGUUCCAGCUGCACUGUGUAAACCAACUCUUUAAGGCUCACUGUCCUGGUUUUUAUUUAAAAAAAAAAAAAAAAGGAAGAAGAGGAGGCAGUAUUACCUUUAAAUGGGCUUUCAGAAAGUUGCUGAGAAAGCCGAAUCAGGAGCUGUAAUUAUUGGUCCUUAAAGUACAUCACCAUCCCCUCUGAAAAUGCCUUUGAAGGACCCUUCCUCGGAGAUCUGGUGCUCCCGCCGCUGGGUACCAGGGUGUCUUCACACGAGUCCUGUCACCAGAGAGGUGCUCAGAGCAAGCAUUUGCACUUCAGCAUCUCUCAGCGAGCCUGUGUGUGCAGAGCAGGCCCACUGCUGCGCUCCUUCUCAAUCCAGUUCUUCCACAGAAAUUAGCCUGUCGUUGGUACCCGGUGACCUUCCUCUGUCUGCUGUUGACUCACCGUAGCUUCUGACCACGCACGUCCUUCCCAAGUGAUGUCUAGAUGUGCAGUUUUCCUCUUUGGGUAAUUCCUGGCCCUCCCUGGCCAACGCACUGGUCCGCACCAUCCACUGGGAGAAGACGGCAGGAGGAGACAGCCAGCAGCCCGGGGAGAACCAGGGAGGUGUGCUUUUCUGUGGAAGGUGGAUGUUCCAAGCUGUACACGAAAUGACCUGUAGACCCCAUGGAAGCUCUGAAAGUUUUGUUUCGUUCACAUGAGUCUCUGUGAUGCUUGUGUAGUUGAUGUUGCUGCUCACAGCUGCUGCUUUUCCUUUUUUUUUUUUUAAAUUCAGGAGGUUCUGGUAACCUGUGGUGUAUCUUUUUUUCUAUUUCCCUGUGAUGUUUUUUUUCUUCUUCCUCCCCUUUACCCAUCCAUGUCUCUUCCCACUAUGCACAGAUAAGCUUCACCUAAAAACUCCUUAAUCUGAUCUGUGGAGAAUGUACAGAGUUUAAACACAUCAAUAAAUACUUUAACUUCCA